GUUAACUCUCGCCGCCCAAAAACUGCUCAGUCCGCACAUAACCCUAAUCAGUCCAUAUCCCCGCAUGAUUCUCCACUAUUUAGGAUCAACAUGUUCGCAAGAAGUUCGACAAUAUCAGACUCCGAUGCUGCUCUUUUAGAGUGCAUUCGCCAGCAUCUUCUCAACGACGAUGACUUCGAAACCCUAGCGAAGAUUCCUGAAAGUAUUCGAAUCCAUUGUCCAGAUUCAAGCUUCGACGCAUCUUUGUCGCCGGAGACAACGAUGCCUUUCGAAGUGGAUGAUUACAAUGAUGCGGACAUCAAUCGUGGCCCUCCGAAAGACGCCGUCGGGUUCAAAUCCCCCAGCUCGUUGGAUGGGCAAAUGGUCAUGGAGCACGGUCAUCCCAAAGUGAAUGAGGCACUGCCCAGAGGGUGUCACUACCGGGGAGUGAAGAGACGGCCAUGGGGGAAGUAUGCGGCAGAGCUUCGAGACCCGAAGAAAAAUGGCGCGAGGAGGUGGCUCGGGACUUACGAGACGCCAUGGGACGCCGCACUGGCUUACGACCGUGCCGCAUUCGCGAUGCGCGGGACCAAGGCAAGGCUAAAUUUCCCUCACUUGAUCGGGUGCGACGAGGUGGAGCCGGUGAAGGUCACUCGGAAGCGGCACCACGCACCUGAAGCUGAGAGCAGCUCGCUGGAUCCGAAGUGAAGAAAGGAGGACUUGGCUGGCUCUGUCCACGAUCCCAACGAGCUUAAUGGCUAUAUCUCCUGUCUUUCCGAUAGAGUGGGACUCGUAAUGGACGAAUUGAGAGGUUUUGUAUGAUGAUUUUUUAGUCAUUGUGUCAUGAACAUGUCUUAAGCGUAUAAAUGAUUUGUUCUUUCUAUGGAGAUUUGGAAACGGAAUUCUAAUGGUUUCUUCCACCAAGAAAAAGAAGCAUACGGAAAACUCAUUUGUUUC